AUGAGACGGUCGUUCUUCCAGAAAGCUGAAAAAACACUUCUGAGUCCUCCAGAGGACAGAAACAGGAAUGAGCCAGAUCCUAGUACCCCACCUCUAAGGAAAACAGCGAGAAAAACCAUUCCAAAGGGGAAUGGAGAGUCACAAAAGAAACAGAUAGCAAUAUUGAAAGAGUUGGCAGCUCAAGCCACUGAGAAGCCUUGUCAGUCACCUGGCAGUGAUGGAUCUUUGUCUGAAGGUUCAAAGGAGACUCUGUCAAAUGGUGCCACAAAAUCAGGAAAAGGUAAAAGGAAGAGAAUAAUCUAUUCAGAUAGUGAGGAAUCAAAUGAUACACCUCAUUCCAAGAAGCCGUCAGUAUCAGAUGAAACUGUAACCACACCCAAUGAAUCUCCUAUCAAGAAAGAAUUGUCAGACAUUGAUGCUGAAGACACUCCUAAAGAAAGGGAGAAUUUGAAUGAUGAGAACCAAUCAAAACAAGAUGAUGCUCGAGGGCAAUCAUGUGAAAAGUCAAAGGGAAAGAAAAAGGCAGGAGCAGGAAAAAGGAGACAGAAAAAUGGGCAGGAGAGGAACAGUAAAGGAACAUCUGAAGAGGAUGAAAGGAGUGAUGCCAAUUCCAGUAAGGACACAAGACCUGUUGAACAGAAAACAUCUGCCAUACUUCCCUUUUUCCAGAAGAAAUCAGAAAAGCCUGAAUCCAAAGAUGAUAUCACUUCUGAUUAUCAACCAGAUAAGGCACAGUAUCAUCCAAUUGAAGAUGCAUGCUGGAAGAGAGGAGAAAAGGUCCCUUAUUGGGCUUUGGCCAAAGCCCUGCAGGCUAUUGAGGCCACUAGUUCUAGACUGAAAAUGAUCGACAUUCUGGCAAACUAUUUUCGCUCUGUGAUGGUGCUGACACCUGAGGACCUUCUUCCAAGUGUAUAUAUGUGCCUAAAUAAGAUUGCCCCUGCUUGGGAAGGUAGGGAAUAUAUGCAUGCCCUCUUCCAUACUUGCUGUCUUUCUCACUUCUUAUUUCACUUCACUUGGCACCUUCAUGCAGCACAGGAGUUGGGAGUGGGAGAAUCACAUCUGAUGAAGGCGAUUGGCCGAGCAACAGGUCGCUCUGUAGACAAAAUCAAGGCAGAUAUUGGAAACAAAGGUGAUUUGGGUAUUGUGGCUGAGACGUCAAAGUCCCAUCAGAGGAUGAUGUUCCAGCCUCCCAGACUCAUGCUUCGAACUGUCUUUGAGAAGCUCAAGGAAAUAGCUCUGAUGACAGGGCAUGCUGUGGUCAACAAAAAAAUUGAGAAGAUUCAAGGUCUCCUUGUAGCCUGUCGGCAGUCUGAGGCCCGAUAUUUCAUCCGCUCCCUACAGGGAAAACUUCGCAUUGGACUUGCUGAGCAGUCCAUCCUUCAGGCUCUGGCUCAAUCAUGUGUGCUGACACCUCCUGGCCAAGAUUACCCUCCAGAAAUCCUAGAUGCUAGCAAGGGAAUAAGCAGUGACAGCUUCAAGAGUAAGCUAGAGUCUUCAGCCCUGCUACUCAAGACAACUUACUGCAUCAUGAUCCAUCUCCUGGAGAGUGGCGAUAUGCAUAUCUACAGUCGAAACCAGGAGGACAACACAUCCAAGUACCCAGACAUUAUUUCCAAGUUCAAGUCUUGGAUUGCAGAGAAAGAGAAUCAUGAUCCUCAAGUUGUCUCUUGCAUCUUGGAUUCAGAAGCAGUGGCAUGGGAUCGGGAGAAGGAAAUGAUUCUACCAUUCCAAGUCCUUAGCACAAGAAAGAGAAAGGAUGCAAAUGAGAGUGAGAUCAAGGUUCAUGUAUGCAUCUUUGCAUUUGACCUCCUGUACCUAAAUGGAGAAUCACUUGUGAAGAAGCCAUUUCUGGAGAGAAGACAGCUUCUUAGAACCCACUUCAAAGAUAUCCCUGGAGAAUUUGUGUUUGCAAAAAGUAUGGACUCCACGAACACUGAAGACAUUGCUGAAUUUCUGGAAGAGUCAGUUAAAGGAAACUGUGAGGGGCUGAUGGUGAAGACACUGGAGACAGAGGCUUCCUAUGAGAUUGCCAAACGCUCACACAAGUGGCUAAAGCUGAAGAAGGAUUAUUUAGAAGGAGUGGGAGAUACAUUGGAUGUUGUCCCAAUAGGAGGUUACCUUGGGAAGGGGAAGAGAACAGGGACUUAUGGAGGAUUUCUCCUUGCCGUAUAUGACACAGACAAUGAAGAGUUUCAGACUGUCUGCAAGAUAGGGACAGGGUUUUCAGAUGAACAGUUGACAACCCACACAGAGUUCUUUAAAAAGCAUCUGAUGGAAGGUCCCAAGUCAUACUACCGCUACGAUUCCUCUCUUGCACCUGAUCACUGGUUUGAGCCAGUGCAGGUAUGGGAGAUCAAGUGUGCAGACUUGAGCAUCUCUCCCAUACACAAGGCAGGAGCUGGGAUUGUGGAUCCGGAGAAGGGUAUUUCCCUUCGCUUUCCUCGGUUCCUUCACAUCCGGGAUGAUAAGACACCUGAGGAUGCCACCACUGCUGCUCAGGUAGGGGAAAUGUAUGGAAACCAAGAACAAGUCAAGAAUAAGGCUUCAGGAACCCAAAAAUUGGAUGAUGAAGGCUUUUAUUGAGCCUUGAUGCAAAAUUUUAUCCCACAUCUUCAGAUGCAAAGUGAUUUUUCCC